AUGGUUAUGGAAGCCUCAAUGAUUGUCGUCGACAAUUCCGAAUGGAUGCGUAAUGGCGAUUACUCUCCUACUCGAUUAGUUGCACAGAACGAAGCCGUCAACCUCAUCUUUUCCUCAAAGACACAGUCGAAUCCCGAGAAUACGGUUGGACUCAUGACAGCAGCUGGAAAGGGACCUGAGGUUCUUGUUACAUUAUCCACUGAUGUCGGUAAGAUUCUGACUGCCUUGCACGCCGUCAAAGCAGGUGGUCAACCUAACUUUUUGACCAGCGUGCAGAUUGCAUCGCUUGCUUUGAAACAUAGACAAAACAGAAACCAACGUCAAAGAAUCAUUGUAUUUGUGGGUAGUCCUCUUGAGAGCGAUGAAAAGGCAUUGGUCAAACUCGCCAAGAAGCUCAAAAAGAACAAUGUCGCAGUCGAUAUCAUCAAUUUUGGUGAAGAAGCUGAAAAUACCUCUCGAUUGGAAGCCUUUAUCAACAAUGUCAACAACAGCGAUAACAGCCAUCUCGUCACUAUUCCUCCAGGACCUCAUCUUUUGAGCGAUAUGCUCAUCUCUACUCCUAUUAUCGCAGGUGAAGACGGUGGCGCUGGUAACUUUGGCGCCAGUAGUGGUGGUGAUUUCGAGUUUGGUAUCGAUCCCAGUCUUGAUCCCGAGCUUGCUUUGGCCUUACGUAUUUCACUCGAAGAAGAAAAAGCACGCCAAGAAGCAGAGGCAGCAAAGAAUGGAACCAGCACAAAGGAAGGAGAAUCCUCUUCUUCAGCCAUGGCAAUAGAUACACCACAACAACAUCAACAACAACACGAUGAGACGGAUGAGGAUGCUGAGCUCCAAGCUGCUUUAGCAAUGUCCAUGAACGAUGCUGCUGGCUCUAGUGCUCAUACUCAAGAGGAAGACGAGACUAUGGAAGAUUUAAAUGAGGAUGAUGCACUUCAAAGAGCACUGCAAAUGUCCAUGAACGAUGGAGGAAAUGCAAAUGACGAUGAUGAAAUGAUGUCGGCAGUUUUAGGUUCUUUACCUGGUGUUGAUAAGAAUGAUGAGCGUAUUCAAAAGGCUUUGGAGGAUUUGGAAAAGAAGAAGAAGGAUGAAAAGAAAUAG